CAUGGAGUUCCCCCUGGCCCAGAUAGGCUCCCAAGGGAAUCACAAAACCCCCACCUCAACCUUCAGCACCUUCCAGCCCAUGAACUUGACCUACAAAAGCUGCCAAGGCCUGGGCUUGCUUCCAGUGCCCAGACUCCAGGUCCUGAAAGCUGAGGAGGCCCAGUUCAGCCCUAGAGCCCCGGAUGCCCACACUGGGGCAUCUUCCCAGACCCUGGGGGCUGCCCCCAGCCCAGAGGACACUGGAAAGGCUGAGGAGGUGCCUAGGGAAGGCCAGUCCCUGCAGGCCGAGACCCGGGCUUGGUUCCAGGAGACCCAAGCCCAUGGGCUCCUGCAGCACGGGGCAGCCCCUCCCUGGUUCCAUGGCUUCAUCACUCGGAGGGAGGCUGAAAGGCUGCUGGAGACCAAGCCACAGGGAUGCUACUUGGUGCGGUUCAGCGAAAGCGCUGUGACUUUUGUGCUGACUUACAGGAGCCGGACUUGCUGUCGCCACUUCCUGCUGGCUCAGCUCGGAGACGGACGCCACGUGGUGCUGGGCGAGGACAGCGCCCACGCGCGGCUGCAGGACCUGCUGUGGUACUACACGGGGUCUCCGCUGAGCCCCUACGGGGAGACGCUCAGCCAGCCCCUUGCCCGCGAGACUCCUGAGCCCGCAGGACUUUCCCUAAGGACUGAAGAAUCAGACUCUGGAAGCAAAAGCCAGUACCCACACCCCCAGUAUAGCCCAGUUCUCAAAAAGGAGAAGCCCAGAGUCCCCACACAGAAAGAAGGGGACGGCGAGCCAAAGGAGCCCUCCCAGCCACCUAGGCCCAAGCCUCCUGUCCCUGCCAAACCGCAGCUAUCCCCCAAAGUCUACACAAGCUCCACUCCACAACCUCGCCCGGCCCUGUCCCGCAAGCCCUCCAACCCCAUCUACCAGGAGCCUGAUGAACCCAUAGCCUUCUAUGCCAUGGGCAGGGGCAGCCCUGGAGAAGCCCCCAGCAACAUCUAUGCCGAGGUGGAAAUGGAGGUGCCGCCAGGGAGUGAGGGCCCACCACGCACCCUCCAGCACCCGGUCCUCUGGAAGUGCCGGUCCAGGCCUGUCCCAGGAAGCCAGAAUACAGGUGGCCAGCAACUCCAUUCUGAAAACUCUGCAGCUGAACAAGGCUCUCCCGUGGCCCACCAGCCCCUGCCUCUUUGGGGACACAGCUUCCCUCCCACCCUUUCUAGACAGGCGCUUCAGGACAGAGGACAGGCGUGGCUUCCCCUGGGGCCUCCUCAGUAGCCAGAGUCUGAGCCGGGAUAUCCUUGAACAUCAGGUCCAGAGACCUUCGCGCACACCCAGGUGCCCUUCUCAGGAAACGUGGAUGGAAGA